AAAAAGGGGUCGUCGUCGCAGGAGCUCCGAGGACGAGGACAGGGCUCGGGAACAGACAGGGCUGUGGAUUGUCGAAGGAAAAGCAAAGCAAAGCAACGCAAAGGCAAAGGAACGGAACGGAACGGAACGAAGAAGGAAUGUAAGCAAGGGAUGACACACUGUCCCACGAGACACACAAAGCAGUCGCAAGAGGAGGAAGAAGGCGACGAGGGAUAGGUGUUCGUGCCAUACGCACACGACGGAAGUAACGCGGCACCACGUGGAAAAUAAGGGGCACUGGCAAGGGGAUGGCAAGUGACCGAGACUGAUGAUGACGACGACGACCACGACGACAAUGAUGCCUGUUUGUAUGUGAAGAAUUUGCAUGUCCAUGCUCGGAUUGACGGCGUUGCUUUUGUUCUCUGUGGCUCCUUCGAGUUCCGCUCCAGUUCCACAUCUUCGGCUUUUCUCGGCGCUCUCGUUUCUCCACCCUCUGUCCCCGGACGGUACAGACCUUCGAGGCGAGGCGAGGCAGGGCAGGGCAGGGCAGGCUCAUGCUCGAGCUCCAGAGCUCCGGUGGCUCGGCCAAUUGAUGAAUUAGGGGGAGGAGUUGCGCGGAGAGCUCCCGAGGAGGGCCUGAUUCGAUUCAUUUCUCGCGGGCGAUUGGAUUGGAUUGGAUUGGAUGCAGCGUGCGUGCGUGCGCGGGUGUGUUGUUGAGGUGGUGUGUCAAGGAAGCGGAGAAGCUCGGAUCUGGGCGGGGACCGAGGAGGGAAUUGAAAAGGCAGAGUCGCUGCUCUAGAGUGGCAGCAAUUGGAGCAGUCUUGGCCCAGCAGAGAUCCUGGAUCGAUCGAUCGAUCGGUUGGCAGACGGCGGUCGGCCGAGGUCGCGGACGGAAGGCAAGCAAGACGCGAGAGCGCUCGCUCGCUCGGAGCAGGUCCCAGGGCGUCUCGUAGAGGGCGCACCGGGGAGGGGGGAGGGGUAAUUUGGCAGGAACAGGGGGAGAGCUGGGUGCGAAUCAGUCGGCGGGCCGCGACCAGACAUUGGCGAGCUGGUGGCGGUUCCGUCCGGAUGCGCGCCCUCUACAAAUUUCGAAUAGUAGAAUGGACUACCUCACAAGACCCGGGUCGUUUGAUCCACCCCCGCCCCCGGAUCCCCCAGUGCCGGAGGAGCCCGAGUAUCUGGCCCGUUACAUGGUUACGAAGCAUUCCUGGAGAGGCAAGUACAAGCGGAUUCUUUGUAUUUCACGGUCCGGUAUUGUGACACUGGACCCGGCAACCUUGGCAGUAACGAAUUCGUACGAUCUUUUGAAGGAUUUUGAGUUAGCAUCGCCAGUGCUUGGCAAUCGUGAUGAUCCUCUCCAGCAGCUGGCCCUGGAGUUUUAUUUAAGCGUUCGAACUGAAGGGCGUGGGAAAUUCAAGCAAAUCAGAUUUUCAUCCAGAUGUCGGGCCUCAAUAUUGACGGAGUUGCACAGACUGAGGUUUGGCCGGAGUACAGGCCCAACUUCAACACCUUCUCCAGUGGCAGAUUUUCCUGUGCUCCAUCUUAAACGACGUUCUGCUGACUGGCCUCCCUUUAACCUUAGAAUAACAGCAGUUGGAGUUGAGGUUCGACAACCUAAAAGUGGCGAACUCCACUGGUCUCUCGACUUUAGAGACAUGGACUCCCCGGGUAUCAUAAUGCUCCGAGAUGUAUAUGGACGGAAAGGAGUAGAAGGCGGUGGUUUUGUGUUGUGCCCUUUGUAUGGUCGAAAGUGCAAGGCGUUUAUGGCUGGCACGGGUGCAUCGAAUUCUGCAAUUCUUUCCAAGCUGACAGGUAUGGCGAGGACAUAUGUUGGAACAACUAUAAAUGUGGAUACGUCGCAAGCUAUUGGCGCCCAAGAAUUUCUUAAACAAAGAGCAAAGGCCGCAGUUGGUGCUGAAGAAACUCCGGUGGGAGAAUGGUCCGUAAAUAGGCUUCGGUCUUCUGGUCAUGGCACCGCAAGUAUAUCUUAUUUCGAAAUUGGACCAAAAGGUGGUCUUGGACCAAAAGGAGACGUUGCUCCAAGACAACUAGUUUUAACAAAAAGUUCGUUAGUAGAGCGGAGACCUGACAAUUACGAGGCUGUCAUCGUCCGCCCUUUAUCUGCAGUAGCAGCUGUUGUGCGCUUUGGAGAGGAGCCUCAGAUGUUUGCUCUUGAGUUCAACGAUGGCUGCCCGAUACACGUAUACACCAGCACAUCAAGAGACAGUCUACUAGCGGCAGUGAAGGACAUUGUUCAAUCAGAAGGUCAUCGUCCGCUUCCAGUUUUACCCCGGCUCACCAUGUCGGGCCACUAUCUUGAUCCUCCUCAUGGACGAGUUAUCCCUGCUCCCCCAAGCACUCACCAUCAUGGGCCACACAGGCUUUUUGCAGAUGUGGAGGGGGAAGCCUUACAUGUCAAGCACCUGUCAGCUGCUGCAAAAGAAGCUGUAGCUGAAAAUGGACUAGUACCCGGAUCCAAAGCCAAAUUGUGGAGACGAGUGCGAGAGUUCAAUGCAUGCGUUCCUUACAGUGGUCUUGUGCACAGUAUGGACGUUCCUGAUGUUACGCUCAUGGCGUUAGUGUCUAUGCUCCCUGCACCGCCACCUCCUCCUGCCGAUGCCAACCCUCCUCCACCUCCUUCUCCUAAAGCUGCUGCCACUUUGAUAGGUUUGGCUGCAUGUCUUAGACGACUGAUUGGAUCAACAAGUGCGGGGUCGUUUGUUGUUUCUAUGCCUGCAGCAGUUGGACGUAUUUUUGGGCUAUUAAGAAAUGGUUCAGAGGGUGUAUCAGCAGAGGCAGCAGGACUUGUCGCUAUGCUAAUUGGCGGAGGGUUGGGUGAUCCACUCAAUUCCAGAGGGGAAAGACAAGCGAAUCUUAUCCAUGCCAAAAACAACUUAUUCGGUUCAGUCUUCCAUAUAACUAUCCUGGUUAAUAGGUUGAAGCCUGUUUCUGUAUCUCCAUUGCUUUCCAUGGCUGUUGUCGAAGUACUAGAGGCUUUGCUUUGUGAGCCUCAAAGUGAGUCAACAGAUGAUUCUACUUUUGUCGAACUGCUGCGGCAAGUCGCUGGUUUACGACGGAGAUUAUUUGCUCUAUUUGCACAUCCUGCCGAAGGAGUGAGGGAGACAGUCGCUGUGGUAAUGCGAACGAUAGCCGAGGAGGAUGGAAUUGCUGCUGAAUCAAUGAGGGAUGCUGCAUUAAGGGAUGGGGCUUUGCUGCGUCAUCUAGUUCAUGCGUUCUUCCUUCCAUCCGGAGAGCGACGCGAAGUUAGUAGGCAGCUUGUUGCUCUUUGGGCAGAUGGACAUCAACCAGCUCUAGAUCUUCUUUCUCGUGUUUUGCCACCCGGUUUAGUGGCUUACCUACACACAAGGCCGUUAGGGGAUGAUGAAGACUCGGACGUUCACGGUGGCAAUAAUUCUUCAGAUGGCUUUUCUGCACAAAGAAAGCAAAGGCGAAUAUUGCAACGACGCAGGGGAAGGAUUCCAAGAAGCAAAAUGGUCCCUGCUCAACCUCUCCAUACUCCAACCCCAAACCAAGGUAUUUUACAAGUAAGUGGAAGUCAAGGAACUAACCCGACUAACAAUGGCGCCUCAGCAUCCACCCCUGCCGAACCAGUUCUCAGAAAUCCUGACACUGGGGGAAUAAACAUAAGCCAGAGCGGAGCACCCGUUUCCGAUCCCCAACUUCCCUCAACAUCUCCAUCGUCCGGUCAACCAACAGUUAGUUUUUUCGAUACUCCAUCGGAGGGAGCUCUGAAUACUGCAAUUCAAGUUACAGGUCCGGCACCUGCUCAGGUCUCCAACGACGCCUUGGCGGUUGGUUCUGGUCGUUAUCUUUGCAAUUGGCCAGAGUUUUGGAAAGAAUUCAGUCUUGAUCAUAGCAGGGCAGAUUUGAUAUGGAAUGAGCGAACAAGGCAGGAGCUUAGGGAAGCGCUCAAGGCAGAAGUACAUCAUCUAGACUUAGAGAAAGAAAGGACAGGAGACGGAAGUGUUUUGAGUCUAACACUAGCCGACCAGGGGAGUGUAGAGGAGGUUUCCAGUCAGCUGUCUUGGAACUAUGCCGAGUUUGCGGUCAGAUAUCCUAGUUUGUCCAAGGAGGUUUGUGUUGGACAAUAUUAUCUUCGACUUCUGCUCGAAGCAGGUGGAGGAACAGGCAGAUCAGCCCACGAUUUUCCGCUUAGAGAUCCUGUGGCAUUUUUCAGGGCUUUGUAUCAUCGGUUCCUGUGCGAUGCCGACGUAGGACUCACAGUUGAAGGAGUGAAUAUGGAUGAUCUGGGAACUUCCGGAGACUGGUGUGAUAUGGGCGGCUUGGAUGGAUUUGGAGGAGGUGGAGGUGCACCUGUAAGAGAGCUUUGUGCAAGGGCGAUGGCAAUCGUUUAUGAGCAGCAUUAUCAAGUAAUAGGUGCAUUUGAUGGUACGCCGCACAUCACGGUGCUUCUUGAUCGGACUAGUGAUCGAGCAUUACGGCACAGAUUACUCUUGCUGUUGAAGGUGCUUAUGAAGGUGCCAGCUAACGCAGAGGCUUCUGUGGCUGUGGGAGGUUGUUCCUUGGCUGUGGAUCUACUCACUACUGCUCAUGAAGCCUCUGAGAGAACUGCUAUUCCGUUACAAUCAAACCUGAUUGCUGCAACUGCGUUUAUCGAACCACAAAAAGAGUGGCACUAUGUAGAUAAAGAUGGGGUACAAGUUGGGCCCUUUGAGAAGGAUGCUAUUCGACGAGCAUGGUCGAAGCAAGAGGUCGAUUGGAAUACCAAAUGCUGGGCUUCAGGUAUGACAGAGUGGAAGCGAUUGCGGGACAUACGGGAGUUAAGAUGGGCACUAGCAAGCAAAGUUGCGGUGCUUACUCCGGUUCAGGUGGGAGAAAUUGCGCUUUCAAUCCUGCAUAGCAUGGUGUCUGUGCAUUCUGACCUCGAUGAUGCUGGGGAACUUAUUACUCCAACUCCACGAGUGAAGCGUAUACUUUCAAGUUCUCGCUGUCUCCCCCACAUAGCCCAGGCUUUAUUGACCGGUGAGCCACCAAUAGUCGAAGGAGCAGCGUCCUUGUUGAAAGCUAUAGGGACUCGGAAUCCAAAAGCCAUGUCACGUCUUUAUAAUACAGGGGCUUUUUACUUCGCUCUGGCUUACGGGGGAUCAAACCUUAAGUCUGUAGCCAGCCUAUUUGCAGAUACUCACGCUCACCAGGCAUUUCACGGGGGUGCCGAAGCCGCAGUGUCAUCUUCUCUUCCUCUAGCAAAGCGGAGUGUUCUUGGUGGGCUCUUGCCGGAGUCCCUCUUGUAUGUUUUAGAACGAAAAGGGCCAGCAGCAUUUGCAUCAUCCAUGGUAGAAGAUUCAGAUAACCCAGAAAUCAUCUGGACCCAUAAGAUGCGCGGUGAGCGUCUUAUUGAUCAGGUUUUAAAGCAUCUUGGCGAGUUCCCUCAAAAAUUAUCUCAGCAUUGUCAUGUUCUUUAUGAAUAUGCUCCAAUGCCUCCUGUAACUUAUCCCGAACUUCAGGAUGAAAUGUGGUGUCACCGAUAUUAUCUUCGCAAUCUCUGCGAUCAGAUUAGAUUUCCCCAUUGGGAUCUUGUAGAGCAUGUGGAAUUUCUUCAGUCUCUACUUGCUAUGUGGCGUGAGGAAUUGACAAGAAAGCCCAUGGAUCUUUCAGAGGAGGAUGCCUGCUCGAUUCUAGAGAUAUCUCUAGAAGAAGCCGAGCUUAGCAACUCAGAGAAUGGGAAUGGCAAGAUAACAACUGAGCCUGAUGAAGACCACAAGGGAAGUAGCAAGAUACUGGGCCGCAUAGAUGAAGAAGUUCUCAAGCGGCAGUAUCGCAGACUAGCAAUGAGGUAUCAUCCAGACAAGAACCCAGAAGGGAGAGAGAAGUUUGUUGCGGUUCAGAAGGCAUACGAGAGGCUCCAGGCAACAUUGCAAGGUCUUCAAGGACCCCAGCCAUGGCGACUGCAGCUCUUAUUGAAAGGCCAGUGCAUCUUGUUUAGUAGGUAUGGAGAUGUAUUGGAGCCAUUUAAAUACGCCGGGUAUCCGAUGUUGCUCAAUGCUAUAACCGUGGACAAGGAUGACAGCAAUUUUCUCUCACCAGAACGCGCACCUCUUCUGGAAGCGGCUUCGGAGCUUGCAUGGUUGACGUGUGUUUCUUCGGUUCUGAAUGGAGAAGAGCUUGUAAGAGACGGAGGAGUAUCUUUGCUGGCCACCCUUUUGUCCCGCUGUAUGUGUGUUGUAAAUAGGAACACCUCACCGACAGACCCUGCAGCAGUCAUCGUCACCAAUGUCAUGAGAACUUUUGCUACUUUGAGCACAUUCGAUAGCGCAAGAAAGGACAUGUUCGAAUGCUCCGGUUUUGUGGAAGACGUAGUGCACUGUUGUGAAUUAGAACUCGCAACUUUGGCUGUAGAUGCUGCCCUACAAACUGUUGGUCAGCUCGCAGCAUCUACAGACCUUCAGCUUGCCUUACUUAAAGCUGGUGUUAUGUGGUAUCUUCUACCACUGCUCUUGCAGUAUGAUUCAACAGCAGAAAAGGGCGAAGCCAGUGCACCACAAGGGAUGGGAAACAGUGUGCAAAAUGCAAAGAAUAUGCAUGCCAUGUUAGCAACACGUGCUCUAGCGAGACUGGGAGGAUUUCGGGAUGUUUCAACCCCUUCUAACCUAGUUGCAGCUAAUGCACUGAAAGCCUUGCUGACUCCAAAACUUGGGACUAUGCUUGGGGACAGCUCGCCCAGUGAAGGACUUCUGCGAAAUUUGAAUUCCAACUUAGAGUCACCGGAGAUAAUUUGGAAUUCUGCUACAAGAGCUGAAUUGUUAAAAUUCAUUGAGCAACAACGUAUUUCGCCUCUUCAAGAUGGCUCGUAUGACAUGACAGCUGCGGUAGACUUCAGAUACAAGACACUUUCUGACGAGCUUCAAGUUGGAGACGUCUACUUGCGAGUGUACAAUGAACAACCGGACUUUGAGAUAAGUCAAGCUCGUGAGUUCUGUGAAUCUUUGCUGGAGUUUAUAAACAAUAUAGUGGAGCGAAGGAAACAGAUUUUUGCUGCGGAAUUGGCGGCCCAGGAAAUGGAGAAAGCGGAAACAGAAGGAGAACAAGUCGAUGAGGACGCCGCACCUACACCUCCCCCUCUCGUGGAGGACAACGACGAUGAAGAACAGAUUUCAGAUAAAGAUGAAAUGCCAGAAUCAGAGGUUUUGGUUAAAAAUCUUGCUAUGGCGUUGACGUCUUUACAGAAUAUUCUCACAGCCAAUGCAGACCUAACAGCCGUCUUUUCCACCAAGCUCGAAAUGUCACCGCUCUUUGGAUGUCUGGUGGAUACUCGUCCUUGCAGCGAGGAAGUACCUCAGUUGUGUUUGAAUGUCCUUGCUCGACUCACUACACACGCAUCCUGUAUUGAAGCCAUGGUAGCUGAUCGGUCAUGUUUACUUCUCUUAUUGCAACUACUGCACUGCUCCCCAGCAUGUAGACCAGGGGCGCUGCGAGUCCUGUAUGCUCUAGGAAGCACAUCAGAGCUGGGCUGGGCCGCUGCCAAGCACGGAGGUGCUGUCUACAUUCUCCAGCUUAUGCUACCUCUGCAAGAAGAGGUUGCUCAUCAACAGCGUGUAGCAGCUGCUUCAUUACUUGUAAAACUUGUAGGGCAGCCCAUGCAUGGCCCGAGGGUAGCAAUAACCCUUGCUCGGUUUCUCCCUGACGGAUUAGUAUCUACUAUCCGUGAUGGGCCGGGUGAUGCAGUUAUUGCAGCCCUUGAGCAAAGUUCGGAAACUCCAGAGCUGGUCUGGAGUCCUGCAAUGGCUGCUUCCUUAGCUGCACAGCUUAGUACUAUGGCGGCAGAUUUGUACAGAGAGCAGACUAAAGGACGUGUGGUUGAGUGGGAUCUCCCCGAACAUGCAUCUGGACAGCAGGAUAUGCGAGAUGAACCGCAGGUUGGUGGGGUUUAUGUGCGGUUGUUCCUCAAAGAUCCCAAGUUUCCUUUGCGAAAUCCCAAACGAUUUCUGGAGGGCUUAUUGGAUCAGUACGUAGCGGCAGCUGCUGCAACUCACGGAAGAGGAGCUCAACCUGUGGACCCAGAACUUCCUCUUCUCUUAUCUGCAGCUCUAGUGUCAUUGCUACGUGUGCAGCCGAUGCUAGCUGACCAUGUUGGACAUCUAGGAUAUGUUCCGAAGCUUGUAGCAGCUAUGGCGAACGAAGGUCGGAGAGAAGUUAUGGCUUCUGGAGGUGUACCUACUGGAAUGGAUGUUCCUUUUGAUUCUGACGAGGGAGAAGAGACCCCUGGCAUUCAGACUUUGCAAGAGCGCGUAAGGCUGAGCUGUUUACGCGUUUUGCAUCAACUAGCAGCUAGCACAACGUGUGCAGAAGCCAUGGCGACACCAGGCAUGGGAGCCCCACAGGUCGUUCCUUUGCUUAUGAAAGCCAUCGGUUGGCAAGGUGGAAGUGUGCUGGCCCUUGAAACCCUAAAGCGUGUCGUGGUUGCUGGAAAUCGUGCUCGAGAUGCACUUGUAGCCCAAGGCUUGAAAGUGGGUUUGGUAGAUGUUCUACUGGGUUUGCUGGAUUGGCGAGCUGGAGGUAGAAAUGGACUCUGUGCACAAAUGAAAUGGAACGAGUCCGAAGCGUCCGUCGGCAGGGUGCUUGCAGUAGAGGUCUUGCGCGCUUUUGCUGGCGAAGGUGCGCACUCGGCUAAAGUACAAGAAAUACUCACUUCUUCUGAGGUCUGGACGGCGUACAAAGAUCAAAAGCAUGAUCUCUUUCUGCCUUCGAAUGCUCAAUCUGCCGCUGCGGGAGUAGCAGGCUUAAUCGAGGGAUCUUCUUCAAGUGUCACCUAUGCUCUUCCAGCUCCCUCAAACCGAUCUGCCCUUGUACGAGUAUCUCCCUUGCCUUACAAUCCUCUAGAAAAUAUUUCGGAAGAGUCGAUCAAUAACCAACAAUAGCAGAAUGCCUGGAAUCCGUCCUUCGCCUUAAGGUGUGAAUAACCUGGCUGCCCCAUCAAUUGCCGUUCCUACCAUCGAGGAAAAGACCAACUUCUUAUGGUAAAAUCCGCUCUGCAGUAAGUUAACCAACAGUGCGUUCUCUUCAAGGUUUGGCUAUGUUCCGUAUACCUCCUUGAUGUGAGUUUCCCCUUCUACAUAUUCAUUGAGAGCAUGGUGCAAUCUACUGCUGCUCUUAUAGCCAAUCAAAUUAGGACAUUAGCAUCCCUCAACAUGUCUCAUAUUUGUGUAUUUAAUAUCUGCUACCAUAGGGUUGUUCUAACUUUGUCCAAAUUUUAACUCCGAAUGAAGGACUUUGCUCUUUUACCAAAGUAAGGUUGGCUUGGGGGACGCUUCCAACCUGAAUACAUCAAGCAGCAAGGUACUGUUUGAUAGAUCUGUAGGAUAGGUAUGGUACCAGUUGGAGGGUACUCAUCUUUUGGUUUUUAUGCUGUCACUACUGUAACGUGAUUGUAAAUGUGAAAGAUCCCCCAAUCAAGUUAAGUGAAAUUGCUGUGCAUAAAGUGUCGCGUCUUCUUUCCAAGAAGAUGCUGUUACAUUUCGAGUUCAAAUGGGCUUUCUUCAUGUUAACUUUUAUUGGUGGGAAUACGCAUUAAGCUCGAUAUCCACUUGUCACGCAUUUUCUAGGCCCUUGUUUGGCUGUAUUAGCCGUCCACUUCAGCUUGAUCCAACUAAACCAUGUGCCAAUGCGGAAUCCGAUCAGAACAUGCAUUCAAGCGGGUCUGACUCAUCAUUUUAGGUGAUUUGGGGAUCGUGAAAAUUCGUUUCUUAUUUCACAUGGUCUAAAGUGUUCCCGCUCUUGUAUCCAAUACUUGGGUAUCCCAUUAUUGUCUGCAAGGUUCUAUUGCAGGUGCCAAAGAGUGGGUUUAGUCUUCUUACUUCUUAAGUGCUCUAGGAUACUGGAGGCGUCAGUAGAAGAGAUCGGAGAAGUUGUACUCAGAGUUUUGUGUGGAAGUUAACC